AUGCAGCACUGCCUAACACUGACCCUUGCUCGACACAGCAGGCUUCUUUUGAGAAAUAAAAUAACAUCGGUGUCCUACCAGCGGUCAGCAGCCAUGUCGGGUCUACUCAUCAACCAACCCAAAUACGCUUGGCUGAAAGAGCUUGGCUUGUCUGAGGACAACCACGGCGUCUACAACGGAAGUUGGGGGGGCAGCGGCGAGGUCAUCACAUCUUACUGCCCUGCCAACAACGAGCCCAUCGCCAGGGUUACGCAGGCCACUUUGGCAGAGUAUGAAGAAACUGUCCAGAAGGCCAGGGAAGCCUGGAAGCUGUGGGCAGAUAUUCCAGCCCCGAAACGAGGAGAGAUUGUAAGGCAGAUUGGAGAUGCCUUAAGGAAGAAGAUCAAAGUGCUUGGAAGCCUAGUUUCUCUUGAAAUGGGCAAGAUUUACGUGGAGGGAGUGGGGGAAGUUCAAGAGUAUGUUGACGUCUGCGAUUAUGCUGUCGGUCUGUCUAGAAUGAUUGGCGGGCCCGUCCUUCCCUCUGAAAGGCCCGGCCACGCCCUCAUCGAACAGUGGAACCCUGUUGGCCUGGUCGGCAUCAUCACCGCCUUUAACUUCCCCGUGGCCGUCUACGGCUGGAACAACGCCAUCGCUCUCACCUGCGGCAAUGUCUGCCUGUGGAAAGGUGCCCCGACCACUCCCCUCACCAGCGUGGCGGUCACUAAAAUAGUGGCCGAGGUGCUCGAGCAGAACAACCUGCCCGGCGCCAUCUGCUCCAUGACCUGCGGCGGCGCCGAUGUCGGCACGGCUAUGGCCAAGGACGAGCGCGUGGACCUGGUGUCCUUCACCGGCAGCACCCACGUGGGCAAGACGGUGGCCAUGAUGGUCCAGGAGAGGUUUGGACGCAAGCUGCUGGAGCUGGGCGGAAACAACGCCAUCAUCGUCUUUGAGGACGCGGACCUGAACCUCGUGGUGCCCUCGGCGGUCUUCGCCUCCGUCGGAACGGCGGGCCAGCGUUGCACCACCACCAGGAGGCUGAUGCUGCACGAGAGCGUGCACGACGCGGUGGUGGAGAGGAUCGCCAAGGCCUACAAGCAGGUCCGCAUCGGGGACCCCUGGGACCCCAGCACCCUCUACGGACCCCUGCACACCAAACAAGCCGUGGAGCAGUACCUGGCUGCCAUCGAGCAGGCCAAGCAGCAGGGGGGCACGCUCGUCUGUGGCGGGAAGGUGAUGGACCGCCCCGGGAACUACGUGGAACCCACCAUCAUAACGGGCCUGGCCCACGACGCGCCCAUCGUCCACACCGAGACCUUUGUCCCCAUUCUCUACGUCCUGAAGUUCAAGACGGAGGAGGAGGCCUUCGCCUGGAACAACGAAGUCCAGCAGGGCCUGUCCAGCAGCAUCUUCACCAAAGACCUGGGAAGAGUUUUCCGCUGGCUGGGCCCCAAAGGCUCCGAUUGCGGCAUCGUGAAUGUCAACAUCCCCACAAGUGGCGCCGAGAUCGGAGGAGCCUUCGGUGGGGAGAAACACACGGGGGGUGGAAGAGAGUCGGGCAGUGACUCCUGGAAGCAGUACAUGAGGCGUUCAACGUGCACAAUAAAUUACAGCAAGGACCUUCCUCUGGCCCAGGGCAUCAAAUUCGAGUGA